GUUGGGAGCCUGGAGCCGGAGAGAGCGAGACUGAGCUAGCAAGUCGGUUCCAAUCCGGUAUAAGUCAUGAAAAAUCCGAAUUUUCGGGGCUGGUCGUGAUUGGAGACGGCGAGGAAAAUGUUGACACGCUAUUAGCACGCUUUUAAACCGGGUUACAGCUGAUAUAGCAUCAUAUUUACUGUCCUCGAGGAGGAAAACAGACAGCCAUUGUAUUUGUGUUGUGUGGUGGGGCUGUGAGGAUGACGGAGUAUAAGUUGGUGGUGGUUGGAGCUGGAGGUGUGGGUAAAAGCGCACUGACCAUUCAGCUGAUCCAAAACCACUUCGUUGACGAGUACGACCCUACCAUUGAGGACUCGUACAGGAAGCAGGUGGUGAUCGAUGGAGAGACGUGUUUGUUGGAUAUUCUGGACACGGCGGGUCAGGAGGAGUACAGCGCUAUGAGGGAUCAGUAUAUGAGGACAGGAGAGGGAUUCCUCUGUGUUUUCGCUAUUAACAACACCAAGUCCUUUGAAGAUAUUCACCAGUACAGGGAACAGAUUAAGAGAGUGAAGGACUCUGAUGAUGUGCCCAUGGUGCUCGUGGGUAAUAAAUGUGAUCUCCCGGCGCGUACGGUCGACACCAGGCAAGCCCAGGAACUGGCUCGCAGCUACGGCAUCCCUUACAUCGAGACGUCCGCCAAGACCAGACAGGGAGUGGAGGAUGCGUUCUACACGCUGGUGCGUGAAAUCAGGCAGCACAAACUGAGGAAGCUGAACCCGCCGGACGAUAACGGACAGGACUGCAUGAACUGUCGCUGUGUGGUGUCCUGACUAGGCAAGUCCUCCCAGCUUUAAU